AUAUUUCAUAACUCAAAUAAAACAAGACUUAAUUAAUUAAUUUCAUUUGACGUUAUGCAUGAUAGCAAAAUGGUGAACAAACACAGUGUUAUAUUAGUAGUGUUAUUUGUUUUAAAUUUCUUAGGAAUUCCUGCCUAUCAAUUUGGGAAAUAUAUUGAUCCAGUUCCCUCCACGUGCGACGACGUAGCAAUUAUUGGUGCUGGAGCUUCUGGAAGUUACGCAGCAUGGCGACUACGUCACAGGAAUCUAAAAAUUUCCAUGUACGAGUAUUCCAAUCGUAUUGGUGGACGCUGUUACACUGUUCAACUUCCGGGAAUACCGGAUGUAAAUGUUGAGUUAGGACCAAUGAGGUUUAUACCAGAAGACCACCCUUUAAUGAACAAGACAGCUUAUGACUUGGGUCUUAAUGUAAUAGACUUUAGAAUCGGUUAUGGUCCGUUUCCUGAUUCACUAUAUUACCUGAGGGGCACUCAUAUGGAAUAUAAUCAACUUCCGGUAAAAGCCCCUUAUAAUCUCCCUGCUGAAAAUCGUGUUGACCUUAAGCUUCUUAACUGGAAUGUGUUUAACAACUUUACUUUCACUGAUCAAAAUGGCAUCCUGACUUCUGUAGAUGGAGUACCAUUGAAAAAACAAAGUUGGGAAAUGUAUAUGAAUAAGUUCCUUGACAUGGAAACUAUUCAGUACAUCCGAGACAGUUCUGGGUUUAAAUCUUGGUUUGGUCCGGAAGUUGCUGCUGAGGAAGAUAUACCGCGACAGUACCCGCGUCCCAAAGUCGUAAAAACGGUAAAAGAAGGUUUCCAGGCUUUUCCUCAACGGAUGGUGGUAGAUUUUCUUCAAGCCAGCGCAAAACAUAACUUCUACUACCACAGUCAUCUUAGAUCAAUAAGGAAAAACGUUAAAGGGGACUACGUACUGAAAUUUCAACCUACACAAACAAGAAAUGGAAUAACCACUGAUAUCAAGAAUCUACCAGCAACAGAAAGGUGUGCAAAGAAAGUGUUACUAGCAAUCCCUAAACUAGGACUUGAAAAUCUAGAUUGGGACGGACUCCGACAGGAAAAAGUGCAGAAUUAUCUCAAAAACUCGGUGAAGACAGUUCUAGCUAGUAAGAUUUACUUUGGCUAUGAUCAUGCUUGGUGGCGCCACAUACCUUUGGCAACCACAUAUGCUGUAUCAAUGACUCCUUUAAGACAAACAUACGAUUAUGGCAUAUCAAAUACAACUUUCAAAGGAGUUUUGAAUACGGCAUAUACUGAUGCAGACACCAAGUUAUGGAAGGAAGCUAUAAAAACUGGAAAGUUCCUACCGGGAUUUGGUGACAACCAUUUCAGAAUGACGGAUGACAGCGUGGACCUUGCGAGGAAGUUUUAUGCUGAAAUAUUUAAAAUGCCACAAGCUAAUGUACCAAGACCAACCUCUGCUGUACUGUCGGUAUUUGACAUGUACCCUAUAGGAGCUUCGUGGUACACAUGGAGACCAGGAUAUGACUGGGAUGAAGUGGAAACAUGCAUGACAAAGCCGUCCGCGAGGGAUGACGUAUACAUUGUUGGAAACAUAUUCUCUGCAAGCGGUCAAUCGGACUGGCUUGAGGGAGGAAUGGAAAUCGUAGAAAAAGUUAUAAAGUUAAUUUAAAUAAUAAAA